AUGUUGGGGUCGACCACCACGGACACUUCGUCCCUAUAUAGCUUCACGGUCACGUCUGAUAUUGGGACCACCUCGGAAACCAGCUUCGUCGGAUCGUCAGGGACUGGUAUCAGCGAAACUCUCCCCAUCAUCUCAGAUACUUCGACCACCAGAGAGAGCUCCACGGUGGCCGAAUCCGAACCAUCGGCAAGCAAGACCAAGACACCAUGCGCGACUCGCUCGCACUCGUCCGACGUUGAGACGUCAUCCGCGCCCGGAACAAGUGGGACCGAUUCUUACCCUCCCAACGAGAGUACCGUGUCCGGCAACUUGCCGAUUACGCCUUCAUCGGACGUUUCCUCAUCGCCGACAUAUUCUCCUCCUGCUGACAGUACGAUUUCCGGGAACCUUCCCGUGACGCCUUCGGUAAGCCUGUCUUCUACGGAGGCGUACCCCUUGUAUCCAUCCGUAGAAAGCACCUCUGGAGAGAGUACGAUUUCGAGCAAUCUACCAAUCACACCAACGCAGAGCUCGACCAAGGUCGCGUCAGAGACGUCCCCUCCUUACCCGCCUCCUGAGGAGAGUACCGUCUCGGGAAACCUCCCCGUCACCCCUUCUCAGAGCUUCCCAAGCAACGGCACAGCAACCUUCUCUCUGUUGCCCAGCGGAAGUACGUCAGGGGCCGGGUCGUCGACAUCGGUGCCCAGCGACUCAUCAACAACCUCGAUCGUCAGCGAGAAGCCGUCCUACCUUCCCACGCCGAGCACAGUGUAUCCUGAGCCGAUCCCUUCAAGCGAGUCUACUAUCUCCGACGCGCUGCCGGUCACACCCUCUAGUAGUGCCGAUGUCCCGCCCAGCACGCUUGUGACGAGCACCAAGACGGCCCCCGAGACGAGCGAGAGCAGCGAGCCCAGCGGACCGACAUCGUACUAUGGAGGGUAUGACUUUGGCUGGACGAGCGGUGGCCGCGCCGGAUGGAAGCAGCAGCGCAAGGAGAAGGAGCGCCGAGGCAUGUUCGGGCUCUUCCCGUAA